GCGGUGUUGGAUCUCACGCAUACUCCCUGGACGUGAGCUUCGCUCUUCCAGUUCAGUUGAACUUGCGUGCCCACAUCGUAAGCGGUCUGUGAAUCGCCGCUAAGCUCUAGUGAACGAACAGCUUCUCUUAAGUGAAUUAUAAUCCUGACUUUGGGAUAUGUCCGACUAUAAACAAUCGAUAGGCUAAUCCUGUUGCGAACGAUCGUCUCAAGUGCUCUGUAGUGACCUCUAAGUUACCUUACUUUGCGUAACUGCAGACAAGUGGUCGGCGUUUCUUCUUCUUCUGAUUUAUCCACACCACAAACCCCAAAUGCACAUGAACGGCGAUCCCAUGGCAUACCAUGGCCCCUUUGUGACCCAGUCACAAAGUCUGGGCAACAGCAUGGCGUGGCGCACGGCCAUGUCUAACGCUGCUGGCCUCCAAAUGGGCAUGGGGCCCCACCACCCCCACUCUAUGGUCGACCCAGCCACUCUGCACAUGAGCUACCACACCGCAACCGAGCCUCGGGACCAUCUCCUAGGAAUGAACUCUUUUCCGUCCCUGCGAAGUGAGUACCAAGCUGACGAAAAUUACUUCAGGCAACAUAAUGUUGCUCCCCAAAACUUCUAUAGCUGUCCUAGUGAAGUAGCAAUAACCGCGGAAGUGUACGCUUGGCAUCAGCAUCAUCAGCAACAGGCAAUUCAGCAACAAAUGGAAGAAGUUCAUCAUCGUCAGCAAUAUUAUUUGAGUGAAGCUGCUAGUGCUGCAAUGGCUAAACUGCCGCCUCAGCCCGGAAGGAAACAGCGUCGGGAGCGCACAACUUUCACGCGCGCGCAGCUCGACGUGCUGGAGACGCUCUUCGGCAAGACGCGUUACCCGGACAUCUUCAUGAGGGAGGAGGUCGCUAUCAAGAUCAACUUGCCUGAGAGCCGCGUUCAGGUUUGGUUCAAGAAUCGGCGUGCGAAAUGUCGACAGCAGAACUCGAAUAACAACAACACCAACUCAACCAACGGCACAAGUUCGAGCGGUUCUUCAAGCACCACAACGACAAGCACGACUUCCAGCAGCGCGGGAACAGCAGCGUCUAGUACAAGUACAACUGACAGCACCAGAGCAGCGGUGCCGCGGCCAAAGAAGACUUCCAGCAAACCUUCAACGCCCCCCGUGGCGACCGCCACCAAUACGACGUCUUCUGCGGUGCCUUCUGCCGUAAAAGCUGAGCCAAGGGCACAAUCCCCAGCAGCAUACAAACCUCCAACAACAUCCCCCGCCUCGGCACACACUCCUCCCAACACAGCUCCUACGCCAAGUCAACCUUACACCGGUUUUCAAGGUGCAACGCACACCAUUUCCAGUAGUGUUGUUGACCCCAAUGCAUAUUCCUCUAGCUUGUGGCCAUCCACUGCUCUUCGAUCUGACUUGGGUUCUCCGAAUUGCAUGCAAGCUGCCUCUCACUACACGGGUAUGCCUCCCCACGCCAAAACUCCCCCAUCUUGGAACCAGAGCUACACUCCCGGCUACUACGGAAACUUCGAAUAUCUGCACCAACCUAAUCACUUCAACGCCAGCCACAUGGCCAACUUCUCUCAGAUGACAGUCGGGCACCCCAACAUGAACAGCGCUCAGAUGAGCGCAGCCCAACAGUACAGAGCUCCCACUAAACAGGAGUGUAUGGACUACGCAGCUAACACAGGCGAAAACUUUCAGAGUCUUUGAACAAUUUUGUUACGAACUAUUACACCUUUUUAAAUGGAUUUUUUUGUGUUUGUUGUUUUUCGCCGAAUCGAAGCCGAUUUAAUGUUGUGAACGGUUUCUUAAACAAUUAAAAAAAUUAUUUAGACCUUUAGCGUUAGCAAUUU